AGCGCGGCGAGGCGGAGAUGGGGGGCCCCGGCUGCUCUGGGAGUAGUGGUUCCGUGCGGCGCUCGUACCCGCGACCCCGGCGGUCCUGCCACACCACGCCGCCUGGACAGAGCGACUCCUCCGCCCGGACCCUUCCGCCCCGCCGGGGCCGGUCGCGCAAGCGGGGGCGGGCCUCUGUGCCGUGCGGCCAAUCCGGCCUGGGCCUGGAGGCUGGGGCGGGGCGGCCCCGGCGCGACGCCCCGAGUGGCGGUUGUUUCAAGAUGGCGGACGUGGCGGGCCCCUCCCGCCCCGGCGCGGCGGCGUUCUGGAGCCGGGACUUUUCUGAUGAAGAGCAAUCAGUAGUGUAUGUUCCAGGAAUUUCUACGGAAGGAAAUGCCAGAUCAAGACACAAGUUGAGUCCAAAAGCUGAUGUCAAACUUAAGACUUCCAAGGUUACUGCUGCUUCAGUCUCCAUGGAGUCUUUAAAAGGUGCAGGAGACUCGGUAGAUGAACAGAAUUUCUGCAAGGGAGGAAUAAAGAGUGCAUCAUUGAAGGAUUUAUGUCUCGAAGACAAAAGACGCAUUGCAAAUUUAAUUAAAGAACUGGCCAGAGUAAGUGAAGAAAAGGAAGUGACAGAAGAACGACUCCGAGCUGAGCAGGAAUCAUUUGAGAAGAAGAUCAGGCAGUUGGAGGAACAGAAUGAACUGAUCAUCAAAGAAAGGGAAGCUCUUCAGCUACAAUAUAGAGAAUGCCAAGAACUUCUCAGUCUCUAUCAGAAAUACCUAUCAGAACAGCAGGAGAAGCUCACCAUGUCCCUCUCAGAACUUGGUGCUGCUGGAAUGCAGGAACCACAGGUAUCCAAUAGGAAGAGCACUCUUCGGUCUUCAGCUAUGGAACUGGAUGGCUCCUACUUGAGUGUAGCCAAAUCACAAACCUGCUAUCAAACCAAGCAGAGGCCUAUGUCUGGAAUCCAAGCCUCCGCUUCAGAAUCCCUUGUGGAGUUUAAGAAUAAUUCUUUGAAGCCAGCAGAUUUUCAUUGUCCUAAAGAGGACCAAGACAGGGUGCCAUUAGAGACCAGAACAUGUGAUUAUGGAUCCCCAGGGAGAAAACUAGUAGACGCAGUCCCUACAGAGAAAGCCCCACCAGCGGAAUUGAAGAUGAAACAAUGCCAACACCUGAAGCCUUCUCCAUCCAGUCAGUGUUGUGGUCAUAGACUUUCUGAAAAUGAAGAUCAUGUUCAUGAAAGUCAUCCUACGCACAUGGCCCCUCAAUAUUCCAAAACACAUCUGGAAUCAUGCAAUAAUUGUGGGCUUUCCUGGGCAUCCCUGCUGCAUGGUCAAGGAACACAGCAGGCUAGUGAAACUGAUGUCAGAAAGCAACUCUCGGAAAAUAGAAGGCAGCAACUUAUGCUUCAGAAAAUGGAGCUGGAAAUUGAAAAAGAGCGCCUUCAGCAUCUGCUGACCCAGCAGGAGACAAAGCUUCUCCUGAAACAGCAGCAGCUUCAUCAGUCUCGACUGGAUUAUAAUUGGUUAAGAAAUCAAGCUGUAUUUAAGUCAAGAGAACUCGUUGCUGCUAAAGAGUUUACUAAACCCCGAGAACUCAAUCUGGAUAUGAAUGGGGAUGACUCUGGACCAAGUUUAUUGAAGUCAAAAUAUUCUGACUGGCUGCUGGGAGCAUCAUCAUCCAUCAAAAAGUACCAGGAGUCCACUAACAGUGGUGAAAAUAGAAGGGAGAAGAAGACAGUUGGGUUUCAAUCACAAACAGAAGAUAAUGCCCUAUGGACAUGUCAAAAGAAAGAUGCAUAUCGACCCCAAAGAGGGACAUUGGCAGGAAUUAGAAAAGAUGCGUCCACAUCUCCUAUGACAACAGGAAGCCAAAAGGAGCUUGUAAUCACAACCACAUCAUCACUGCAGCAUGACACUUCCCGGUAUGAGACCUCUCUGUUGGAUUUGGUUCAAUCUCUGAGUCCAAAGUCUGCUCCCAAACCUCAGCCCCAUCCCUCCAGAGAAGCUGGGGCCUGGAAUCACAGUACUUGCCGAUUUAGUCCUCGAAAAUCAAUCUGGAACAAGGUGGGGGCAGGCAGGACCCCUGAAGACCUGGAGGAGAAUCAAAUUCUGGAAGAUAUCUUUUUCAUUUGA